CCAUUUUAAUGAUUUUCUAGCGAAAAAAGUAACAUUUACCAUAAUACCACUACUACAUUCAUCACACUCCUUUAACUUUAUUUGAACGUUAGUGAAGAAUAUCCAACAAGACAGAUAUGUGUGUUACAUCUACUUCCUUCUCGAUACUCUCCAGAACCCGAUUACUCGCCACACCCUUACCUCCCAGGAGCAUCUCAAAGCGAUGCUUCCUAACACUUGCAUCAUCACCAUCAAAUAGCACACGCGACAUACCUAACCCAAACACCUCCUCCAUCGCUCCUCCCCCUUCAACAACACUAUCUCCAAAGCCCUCUCCAGCAAACCCACACAACAGCCCCCUCCUCCGCCCCCAGGUCAUCCCCCCAAAGCCGCCGAAAGCAGCAGCAGCAACAGUGGCGGCUACAAGACCAUUGAUAAAGCCCAUCCAGUACGGCUUCAAAACCAACUUCUCCCUCUUCGCCAAACGGGCACCACGACCCUUCCCUCCCCCCUUCAACAGCCCACCACCAUCUAGCUUCUCCGACGCACUCUCAACCCACCAUCCCUCUCGAAUCCCGACCCCGGAAGGCGCGACCUUCCUUCGUGGGAUAACAAACGGCGACGAUGCAAUCCUCCACCGUCACAACCAACUGGGUGUAGCCGACGGAGUAGGCGCCUGGAACACCAAAAUCGCCGGUCACGCCGCGCUAUGGUCGAGACUGAUACUGCACUACUGGUCGCUAGCCCUCGAUGCGCAGCGUAAAUCCUUGGGAGUGGCGGGGGAAGGUAAAAUAGACAUAGUCUCGGCCCUCCAGCGCAGCUACAGCGACACCGUCUCCGCCACCACCCGUGAAGGAAAGACAGUUUGGCAGGGGACAACAACGGCCUGCGUAUCCAGUCUGGAAGGUAGCACCCUCACAGUGGCAAACAUCGGGGAUUCGAGAGCGUACGUGUACCGCCCGUCCAGUGCUUCCUUCGUCUACAAGUCCACCGAACAAUGGCACUGGUUCGACUGCCCAUACCAACUCGGCACCAACUCCCUCGACACCCCCGCUGCCAAUGCCGUCGUGGAUAAGGUCGAUCUAGAAGAAGGCGACAUUGUCAUCCUCACUACCGACGGAUUGCCGGAUAAUCUCUGGGAUGUGGAGAUUGCGGAUAUCUGCGCUGCCCACGGGGCAGAAGGGGUAGGAGGAUUGGCGGACAAACUUGUCAAUGCAGCCUGGAAAACCGCCAUAAACCCCUUUGGCGAAAGCCCUUAUAUGGAACGAGGCAUCGAUGAGGGGCUCAGCAUGGAGGGGGGCAAGUAUGACGAUAUCAGCGUCGUCACGGCGGUUUUUAAGAGAAGGUAGUGAGGGGGAGUACUUGAGUUUUUUUUCUUUUCUUCUUUUGCUAUCAUACUCGUUAGUUUAUUACUUAUGGCGCUGUAACAGGGGGAGUUUAUUAUUUGGCGUUUUCUUCCUUAUUUCGCUUUGCCAAUUAAUUGUCUUCUGGCAUGGGGAUCAUAUUAUCAUAGAUUUUAUUUGGGCUUUCCUUUCCCCCUUCUUCCUUUUCUCUCUUUUCUCGUCCUUUAUAUAAUAUUGGUGCCUCACUGCAUCGUAGCUUUACUUACGGCAGUUUGCCCACCUAGCAGCCGGGACGGGAAUGACUAGAUAUAAGCUAUGCUACGAUAGUGUACAGGUACAGGGCGUGUGGGGAAUAAUAGGAUACCGGUAUUCGUAUCAUAAACCA